UCUCCGCCACGCCGUUCCUCCUCACCUCACUCCACUCUCCUCUCCUAGAUCGCGCCGGCAAGCCCCCACGCGACGCGCGUCUCACAUCCCUCUCCCUCGCCUCGCACGCUCCUAUCCCGGCACCAACAUGGGCGGCCUCUCGGUGAUCGCGCCCCCGGCGAGGGACUCGGCGUCCCCGCAGCACCGCCGCGCGCGCCGCGCGUUCCUCGUCUCCAACUACCUCAUCCUGGGGUGCGCCUCCGGGUGCGGCUUCCUCACGCUGUCGCUGCGCCUCGUUCCGUCCGUGGACGGCUUCCUCCUGAUCCUGCUCCACGCGCUGACCGUGGCGGCCGCCGUGGCCGGGUGCGCCGUCAUCGCGGCGCCCGACCCGCCGCGGGGCCGCUGCUACACCGUCCACAUGUCCGCCACCGUCGUGGUGUCCAUCCUGCAGGGCGCCGCCGCCGUGCUCGCCUUCUCCCGCACCGCGGAGUUCCUCUCCGACGGGCUCAAGUCGUACGUCCGCGAGGAGGACGGCGCCGUCAUCCUCCGCAUGGUCGGCGGCCUCGGCGUCGCCAUCUUCUGCCUCGAGUGGGUCGCGCUCGCGCUCGCCUUCGUGCUCAGGUACUACGUCUACGUCGACAGGGAGUGCGGCGGCAACCCCAUGCGCCGCAGCGCCAAGGUCGGCGGCGAGGACGGCAGCGCCGGCACCUGGCCCUGGCCCUUCCAGGUCUGAAGACUGGUGUGUGUGUCAUCGGCCUUCGCUGCAAGAAAUUGAACUGAGAACCAUGGGUUCUUGCAAGGGAAAUCAAGCGUCGAGUGUUGUUCUACUGAUAGAACUAUGUGUGUGUGGGGAUGGGAAUGGGAUGGGAUGUCGUGAUUCGUUUAUUGGUUUAUUAUAAUGUGGGCUCUGUGAUGUCAUAUUUGAAAUGCUAUCAAUAUCAUAUAAUUAUUUAUGUAUGUGAAAUUCCAGUCCAA